AUGGUAUUCCGCUCCCCCCUAGACCUCUAUUCCUCCCACUUCUUGUUGCCAAACUUCGCCGAUUCUCACCACUGCUCCCUACUUCUGACGAGUAGCGGCGGCGGGAGCGGUGCGGGCAGCGGCGGCGCGGGAGGAGGAGGCGGCGGCGGGAACCGUGCGGGAGGCGGCGGUGCUGGCGGAGCAGGCGGCGGCAGCGGCGGCGGCUCCAGGGCCCCCCCGGAAGAGUUGUCCAUGUUCCAGCUGCCCACCCUCAACUUCUCCCCGGAGCAGGUGGCCAGCGUCUGUGAGACGCUGGAGGAGACGGGCGACAUUGAGCGGCUGGGCCGCUUCCUCUGGUCGCUGCCCGUGGCCCCUGGGGCGUGCGAGGCCAUCAACAAACACGAGUCGAUCCUGCGCGCGCGCGCCGUUGUUGCCUUCCACACUGGCAACUUCCGCGACCUAUACCACAUCCUGGAGAACCACAAGUUCACCAAGGAGUCUCACGGCAAGCUACAGGCCAUGUGGCUCGAGGCGCACUACCAGGAAGCCGAGAAGCUGCGCGGCCGCCCGCUCGGCCCGGUGGACAAGUACCGCGUGCGCAAGAAGUUCCCGCUGCCGCGCACCAUCUGGGAUGGCGAGCAGAAGACUCAUUGCUUCAAGGAGCGGACUCGGAGCCUGCUGCGGGAGUGGUACCUGCAGGAUCCCUACCCCAACCCCAGCAAGAAACGCGAACUGGCGCAGGCCACCGGCCUCACUCCCACACAAGUAGGCAACUGGUUUAAGAAUCGGCGACAACGCGACCGUGCCGCGGCGGCCAAGAACAGGCUCCAGCACCAGGCCAUCGGACCGAGCGGUAUGCGCUCGCUGACUGAGCCCGGCUGCCCCACGCACGGCUCGGCAGAGUCGCCGUCCACGGCAGCCAGCCCCACCACCAGUGUGUCCAGCCUGACGGAGCGUGCGGACACCGGCACUUCCAUCCUCUCGGUAACCUCCAGCGACUCGGAAUGUGAUGUAUGA